CAGGCGCCAACAUGACCGAGAUUUCUUCCCUAAACCGCAGAGUAUCACACCAGGAACUCAAUAUUAGUUAGUCAGGACGGCAUAAAUAUGGCAGAGCCUCUGUGUGAAAUCUGCGGGGAUGUUAAUGUGUCAACAUGGAGGAUCAGAAAGUGCCUUUAAGUUCAAGUUUGAUGUCAGAAACUCGGAGAUCAUGGCAGAAAUAGAGGAGUUGUCCAUCAGACUGAAGAAGCUACUGGUGAGGUUGAAUCUUCAGGAUGGGAAGCAGCUGGGGACAAUGGUGCAGAUCAUAGAGGAUCUCCUGUUCCUGUCCCAUACUGAGCACUGUGUUGAGCUGUUUGCGGAUCAAAAUGUCCAUGUGCCUGUGUUGCUGAAAUGCAGCGAAAGCGCCAGCAUCAAAGUUCAGCAGGUUGGCUGGUCUCUGCUGUGUCGGCUGAUGGAAAUCUGUCCCAACACUCUGGAUAAUCUGGCCAGACCGGUGGACUAUGAAUUUAUAGAUGCACACAAGCAGAUUCUGAAGGUGCUUCACGAGUACCAUAAUAAAGACGCCAAGAUGAUGAUGGUGGCCCUGAGAGCUCUGGCUCUGAUGCUGAAGUCAGGUGAGAUCAAGAUGCAGGUUCUGGAUGAGGAGGAAUGGGAUGUGUUUUACUCGAUUCUGGAGGCCAUGAAGUCAUUCAGUGACAGAGAAGAAGUUCAGCUACAGGGAUGUACAGCUUUACAACCACUGCUGCAGACAGUUUCUGAGUAUCACCUGGCGGAGUUCAUCGAGAAGAAGGACCAUGAGGUGGUUUUGAACGCGCUCGGAUGCUUUAUGGACAGUGAAAAUGUGGUACUUGAAGCUCUGAAGGUCCUCAUACCACUGGCUGAUCCAGCCAGCAAUGUUGAGACCCUGAUGUCCAAAACUGUGAAAUGCCAUAGUCUAACAUGUCGGGCUAUGAACACGUGGCUGGACUCUGAGGCGAUACAGGAGGCUGGUUGCUGUUUGCUAUGGAAAUUUACAUCAAAGGGUUACUAUGAUAUGCUGGUGCUGAACGGUGUCCAUAAAGUGGCCGUGAAGGCAUGCGUCUCUUAUCCUGACAAUGCCACAUUGCAGACCGCAGCUCUUUCCUGUCUGAGUGCCCUUGCGGAGUGUAUUGUACAAAAUGGAGGACUGGAUGAAGAGUGGAAUGAGGAGGACGAGGAGGAACAGAAAGUUCUGGUAAAGAAAGAAGCCGCUCAGGCGGAGGAGAUGCUAAUCUGGAGAGAAGCCUGUUAUACAGCUUUUGAAAGACAUGCUGAAGACGUCAAAGUACAGGAAGCUGCAUGCUGGGCUUUAAAUAGUUUGCUUCUCCAUUGCAACACAUCCAACAAUGUGGAACUGGAAGGAAGGCCUCCUCUUCAUACGCUCAUCAUGGCUGCGAUGCUUUUGCACUCAUCCAGCGUGAAGGUUUUCCAAGCUGCUUCCUCUACACUGCGCACGCUAAUACAGCGCCACUGCAGGAUAAGAUCUCCACUACUCUCAAAUGGCAUUCAUUUCAACAUCGUGGAGCUGAUGCGGAAACACCCUAACUCCAGCGCUGUGUGUGAAAGUGCCUGCAAACUAAUUCACACACUCUUCCAGGGAGCGAGGGCCAGUCUGGACGACGGGUUCCUGAUUCUCAGUCAGAUCCUCAUCGCUCUGAAGACUCACAACUUCCUUCCUGAAGUUCAGCUGGAGGGUCUGCGAGCAAGUUUAGUUCUUCUUAAUCCAGACAGGAGUUUGAGAGAGCAUGGCGUCUCGGUGGCAGAUCCUGAUAUGGUGGACGUUUCUCUACAGGUGUUGAAGAACCAGUGUGUCCUAGAGGGAGCUCACACUGUCUAUCUGCAAGCACUUAAUAGGUUUAUCAGCAGCGAGUCGAUUCAGGAGUGUGGUCUCGGCGUCCUGGCAGCGCUAGCCGACAGUUCGGGAGCUGUAGAUCUGAUGUGCCAGCAGGGGGCGAUAGACACCGUUCUGCACACGCUACAGAUGUUUCCACAGGAGCGCGAUAUUCACUACUGGGGUCUGAGUCUCCUCUUCCACCUGAUCUCUAAGAAGAAACUGUCUCGUAUGAUGGUUCCUGUGCUGGCGUCUGUGUUGGUCAGCUCUGUGCGGAAACACAAAGAGGACUCAGUCAUGCUGCUAAAGGGUCUACAGGUGGUGUGGAAGUUGUUGGACACCUGCUCGAGUGCUGCUGUGUGGCUGCAGAAAGAAGCGUUCGAGAAGGAGAUCUUCCAGAUCCUGCGGGAGAACACGGCCGAUCAGCGCAGAGAUCCGCUGCAGGGAAUGAGCUGCCUGUGCUUGUCUAAGAUGGUGACGGAUGGAGAGAUCCUGUAUGCUCUGCUGGAGAGAGCGUGUGAGGAUGGAGACGUGGACAUGGCAGAGUGUCUGAUUCAGCUGGGCGCCGACGUCAACAAGAAAACCAAGAGCGAUUCACUCCUAUAUCAGGCGUGUGAUCGUGGGGCUCCCCUGGCUCUGCUGGAGCUUUUGGUUUCUUCAGGCGUUCAUGAGCAGCAUCUGCGUGGAGCUCUGAGUGUGUGCGUGCGGAGGUCGGAUGAUCCUGCUGUCACUCUGAUCCUCCGCCGUCUGGGACUUGACCACACCAACAGCGCCCUGUGUCUCGGCAGCGUCCGCAUCGGACACAUGAAGGCCUCGUGGAUCAGCGCUCUUCUGUCUGAGCGCAGGAGUCAAUCUACAAACACGCACUACAGCAGUAAAGGUCAGCGUUUGGCCAGACAGAUCUCGCAGCUCCAGAGGAAGAAGGGGAUUGUGGGAGUUAGCAGAUUAUCGAGUGAUGUCAGCACAUCAGGAUAUUUCACCGAUGAGGAAAGUGACGACUCGCAUAUUUCCUUAGAGGACAGCUUGGUCUUUAUGUUCGAUGAGUUGGAGAGCGACGGCAGUGACGGCCCUCCACAUGGAUUCAUGCUAAUCAGUGAUUCUCUGGAAGUUAGCAGGAGACCCGUCUGGAGGCGUCGCAGCCACAGCCGACGUACCAGUUCAGAGGGCUACCAUGGAGAGGCGGAUCCAAGUGUCCCUGUGCAGAAGCACGCCAACUCCCACAACAUCAGAGGUCAGGGUUUCUCUGAGAGUUUCUCCAGUCCUGUGGUCCUGGAUAAAGACCCGGUGCGUCUGCUGGAUCUGUCUGGGAAUGAGCUGAACGAUCUCUCCUGUCUGACGGAUCUGAACUCUCUCAAGAAACUGAUUGAAAACCUUCAUCGGCUCGAUUUGAGCGGCAACAAUCUGUCACAGUUUCCCAGCAUUCUCUGUCAGAGUUUGCGCAGUCUGACUCGUCUGGAUCUGCAGGGAAACCAUCUGCAGUGUUUGCCAUCUGAACUGCUCAGUUUACCAGCGCUCCACACACUGAACGUGUCCCGCAACUGCAUCGGUCCGCUCCUGCAGCUGGAGCCCGGCGUCUGCAGUCCAGCCCUGCGGCGCCUCAACCUGUCCUUCAACCAGAUCACCGUCUGCCCAUUCCAGCUGCGCAGCGCCACCCAGAGGCUGGAGGAGCUCUCACUGGAGGGAAAUCAGAUCUCCGAACUCUCCCUCCCGCUCUGUCUGGCUGAGCUGAAGGUUUUAGACGUCAGUAAGAAUCAGGUUAAAAUAGUUUCAGACAACUUCCUUGCGGAAUGCCUCAAGAUGGAAACUUUCAUCGCUUCUGUUAACCAGAUCAGUUCACUGCCACACCUUCCCUCCAAAAUAACCACCGUGAAAUUAUCACACAACACUUUCACCAGGGUUCCUGAAAUAGUCAUCAACUUGCCAUGCUUGCGUUCGGUGGACAUGAGGAAUAACAGUGUUGGCGUUCUGCCGGGUCCAUCUGUCUGGCUGAGUGUGAACCUCAGAGAGCUGAUGUUCAGCCAUAAUCUCAUCUCCGCACUCGACCUCAGCGGCCCUGUGUACAAGUGGGCCCGACUGGAGAAACUGCACUUAAGCUUCAACAGACUCACUGAGAUUCCUCCUCAGAUCGGGAUGCUGGAGGACCUGACGUCUCUGGAUGUGAGCCAUAAUGAGGGUCUGCGCUCGUUCCCGGAUGAGAUGGGGAAGCUGGUGCAUCUGUGGGAUCUGCCUCUGGAUGGCCUGCAGCUCCAGCUGGACCUCAAACACAUCGGGAGCAAAACCAAAGACAUCAUCAGGUUCCUGCAGCAGCGUCUGAAGAAGGCCGUCCCGUAUCACCGCAUGAAGCUGAUGGUGUUGGGGGGCUCCGGCAGCGGAAAGAGCUCUUUAAUUCAGCAGCUGAUGAGACUCAGGCGCUCACAAUGGAGAUCAGAUCCAGGCGUCAGCAUUCGGGACUGGCCCGUCAGGAGCAAAGACAAGAGGAACAUGAUGCUGAACGUCUGGGAGUUCUCAGGUGGUGAAGAGUGCAGUGGGAUUCACCCUCACUUCAUGAGCUCCAGAGCUGUCUAUCUAGUGCUCUACGACCUCAGUAAAGGAGCCAGCGAGAUCCACGCCAUCAAACCCUGGCUCUUUAACAUUAAGGCUGUAGCGGGUCAAUGUCCAGUGAUUGUGGUGGGAACUCAUGCAGAUUUGUGUGAAGAGCGCCACCUACAGGAGUGUUUGCUGAAGCUGCAGAAAGAGCUUCAGUCUCAGCCCGGGUUCCCGGCGAUCAGAGAAAACCACGUGUUGAGUGCCUGCGAGGAGUCCGAGUCACUCGGCCGGCUACGCAAAGCCAUCUACAGAGAACUCAUCGGGUUCAAGAUCCAGGGCCAGCCGGUGAUGGGUCAGCUAGUUCCAGACUGUUAUGUGGAGCUGGAGAAGAGACUCCUGCAGGAGAGAUCAUGCGCUCCGGCUGAUUUCCCAGUGCUCAGACACAGCAGACUGAUGGAGAUCCUGCAGGAGACGCAGUUACAGCUGGAGGAGGGGGAGUUACCUCACGCUAUACACUUCCUCAGCGAAGCCGGUGUCUUGCUGCACUUUGAUCCAGUUCUUCAGCUGAAGGAUCUGUACUUCAUUGACCUACAGUGGUUUUGUAGGAUCAUCUCACAGACGCUGUCUCUGAAAAGCAGCGGUCCAUGGGACAGCACGAAAGGAGUGGUGCAGCGCUCCACCGUGGAGAAAUUUGUGGAGAAAAGCCGCUGUUUCCCAAAGGAUCACAUGAUUCAAUACUUCAAACUGUUGGAGAAGUUUCAGAUAGCCCUGCCAUUUGACCAUGACCAGCUACUCAUUCCUAGCAGUCUGUCAGACCACAGGCCAGUGAUUGAGCUUCCUCACUGUGAGAAUUCAGAAGUGAUCAUUCGACUAUAUGAGAUGCCAUAUUUUCCGAUGGGCUACUGGCCCAGACAGAUCAGCCGUCUGCUGGAAGUGUCUGCAUUCCUGCUCUAUGGCAGAGAAAAAGCAUUAAAACCAAACCGGAUCUACUGGAGGAAGGGCAUCUAUUUGAGCUGGUCUGCUGAAGCUUACUGUCUGGUUGAGGCUUUGACUUUAGAAGAAAACCCAGCUAGUUUCAUCAAGAUCACCGUUCCAUGCUCUCGCAAAGGCCGUGUGUUGUUUGGGCAGGUGGUGGACCACAUUGACUCUCUGCUGGAGGAAUGGUUUCCAGGCCUUCUCACCACCGACAUUCAUGGCACUGGAGAGACGCUGCUGAAGAAAUGGGCUCUGUACAGCUUCAGCGAUGGACAAAACUGCCAGAAGAUGCUACUGGAAGACCUGCUCUCCAACACCAAUGCAGAUGGUCUACUGGUGAACCCCGAGGACCCCAGCUGUACUUUACCCAUCUCUCAGAUUUCUCCAGACCUGGUACUGAGUGACCAGCCAUCCAGCACCAUACUGGACCCAGAGCAGCUGGAGAUGGAGCUCACUGCAGAGUAUAUGUUGGGGGAUGGAGGUUUUGGCUCGGUUUAUAAAGCUGUCUACAAGAAUGAAGAAGUUGCGGUCAAGAUUUUUAAUAAACAUGCGUCUGCGCUGUACGUUCACCGGCUGGUACGACAGGAACUGGCAGUACUCGGCAGACUGUGUCAUCCUAGUUUGGUGGGUCUUUUGGCUGCUGGUUGUAACCCACAUAUACUUGUGAUGGAGUUGGCUCCGUAUGGCUCUCUGGACUCGCUGUUUGAGCGUGAAAAUGGCAGCUUAAGUCGCAAAUUACAGCACAGGAUUGCACUACAUGUGGCUGAUGGUCUCAAAUAUUUGCACUCAUCUAUGAUCAUCUACCGAGACCUGAAGCCGCACAACGUUCUGCUGUUCAACCUGAAGACGGACGCUGAGAUCGUCGCUAAAAUCACAGACUAUGGCAUCGCGCAGUACUGCUGCAGCAUGGGCGUCCGCAGCUCUGAAGGAACACCAGGUUUUCGAGCCCCGGAGGUGGCUCGAGGAAACGUCAUCUACAACGUCCAGGCGGAUGUUUAUUCGUUCGGUCUGCUGCUGUAUGAUCUGUUAACAUACGGCGAGCGCAUCUCAGAUGGCAUGAAGUUUCCCAGUGAGUUCGAUGAAGUGGCCGUGCAGGGCAAACUACCAGAUCCAGUGAAGGAUUACGGCUGUUCUCCAUGGCCUGAGAUUGAGUCUCUCAUGAGGGAAUGUAUGAGAGAAAACCCCCAGGACAGGCCGACGUCUGCUCAGGUGUUUGAUCGUCUGAACUCUGCAGAGAUGUUGUGUCUGAUGCGAGAGCUGAAUGUUGUGGGUUUUCCAGGCGAGUGUUUUGUCGUGUCCAAUUCAGGCGGAGCUGCAAACGGAGGUAAAAACCCUCAUGUGUGGAUCGGUGGUGGCAGCAGCAGCCAGAAACUGGGCUGUGUGACUGCGGUGGAUCUGGAGACCGGCGGGAGUUUGAACCAGGAGCUGGACCGCAGCCCUAUCCUCUGCAUGGUGAUCAUCAGAGCUGCAGACUCGUGCAGUGACUGGCUAGUGGCUGGUUCAGAGUCCGGUUCGCUCUUUAUCAUGGACACCAUUAAUGCGAAAGUCCUGCACCGUCUGAAGAGUGUGAAGGACUCUGUGACGUCUCUGUACUUUCACACCGAGCUCCAGCACAGAUGUCUGAAGAGUUAUCUUUUGGUGGGCACAGCAGACGGGACACUGGUCAUUUAUGAAGAUUCAGCCCUGAAGGUGGAGAACGGUGGUCCAGUGAAGACGCUGGAGGUUGGAGAUGUGAACACUCCGCUGAUGUGUCUCGGUCCAUCCAGUCAUCCUCAGGAGCGCAGAUCGCUGUGGGCCGCCUGUGGGACCAGGAUCAUCUUAUUCACUGUUGAAUUUGACGUCUGUAGAAGCAUUGACACCAAACCCAAACCGCUCUUCUCACUGCAGGCUCGGGUCAGCGGGGAGGCUUGUAUAUCACGGUUAGCGGUGGACAAACACGUGUAUGUGAGUAAAACCGGAGGCCACACUGUUGAGGUCUGGGACAAGAAGACUGAGAGGAUGGUGAACCUCAUCGACUGCAUGCAGUUACUCGGAUUAAGUUCCACCAGAAAGCCCAAAGUUCAUUCAGAGGACCAGUCUAGACCGAUGGUGCCGUCGUUGGUUGUGAAAGCCUUAUUGGUCCAGCACAGUGGGACUCUGUGGAUCGGGACGAGAGCGGGACACAUUUUGUUGGUGGAGGUUUCCAGUUGUCAUCUUUUACAGACCAUCAACCCUCACUGCCACUCCAUACGCUGCAUGGGCUCCAUACUUCUAGACACGCUAAACCGAAAGAAUGUCAUUCUAGUAUUGGGUAGACGGCAGCGCAUACAUCUAGAGCAGCUCAAAACACAAUCAGAGGGUUUUUUGGUAUCCACUUUAAGUCAUCAAAACAGGACCUGGACAAUCCAUCCUCAUAUCCACAGACUUUUUCCAUCCACUUUUCUACUGAUUCCGUGGCCAGCCAUUGAUGAACUGUUUGCUGAACUUGAUCUUUCAUGUGAUUCACUUAAGGACUGUUGGUAUCUUUUUUGGAUUGCUAUAAAUACUGGAUUCAAUGAGAGACACUUAUCGAAUGCUUAUUUCUGUCUAAUAGUGAUCAUUAAUGAGUUGACUGCUGAUCAUUUCAUAUCCCCAGUGUGUAACAAUAAUUAUUCAUACCUGCUGUCAUAUACAUUUCUAAAUACACAUGAAUCUCUGAAAGUUGUUUUGUGGUCUCUCAAUUUCUUUAAUGUAGCUUCAAAAAAAAGUAGUUGUUACAUAUUUGGCGCCCGAACAAAAGACAAAAUUUGAUUGAAUUCUUGAGAGAUACAUUCUGCUUUCUUUGAGUCAUGUUUUUGUUUGUGUCUAUGAGGCCAUAAUUUCAAAAGUCCUAACAUUACACUCUAUUUCAGCAUUCUAAAGUUGACAUUAUUUGAAGAGCUUUAGUAGCUUCAAAAUGGCUGCCUUGGCUAAAGAGACAGAGGGUGAUGAUUCUUUGUUACCUGAUUAUUCUUCAGAGCCUUUCACUACACAUCGAGAGCCUAUUCAAGACCUUAUUCAUUCUCUCGCUAGCUUGUACUUGGAAAAUGAACCUGAAAUUGGUGAACAAGAAGAAGGGGAUUUUGAUGAUUCUUUGUUACCUCCUCCACCUCCUACAAUUGAAGAUGAUGAUAGCUUGUUAACAAUGAUUAUGGCCACACGAAUGCAUAAAGUUGAAAGUAGAGUUGAAGCAUUUGAAAAUUCCUCUGAUGUUUGUUUCAAAGACAUUCAGCAUCAGCUGAAUGAACAAAGUAAUAGGAUUGCUGUCAUUGAGAGUCAGGUCCAGCACAUGCUAAAACAGUACCAAGAUCACCCCAUAGAUGUACAACAGCUCGAGAAUUCGUUAUCUACCAUGUUAAAGGAGUGUACCCAAGUGAAAGAUACUUUAGAAACAAAGGUUCAAGAGUUGGGGAAAGCAAUUAUGGAUUGCCUGAAACGGAGAGAUGGACAAUUGAAAUCAUUAAUCCAGCCUUCUGGGGGUGCAACGUCUACUCCACACUUCAGCCACACCAUAUUAGACCAUGGAUCUUGUCGUCCUGUACAUUUUAAGACUCCUAUCAAGCUAGAGUUUCCAAAAUUUGGGAGUUUAGAUGGGGAAGACCCUAUUACAUACCUGGAACGAUGUGAUGAAUAUCUGGCUGUACAACCUUUAAAUGACUCUGAGAUCAUAUCCAUGCUUCCUUCUGUAUUGACACACACAGCUAAAGACUGGUGGGUAGCCGAGAAGAAGAGGGUAAGAACAUGGACACAAUUCAAGUCUGUUUUUCUUCAAUCUUUCUUAGCAGAUGAUCAUGAUGUUGAAGUGGAAAGAAGGAUCAGAGAAAGGAAACAAGGGGUUGAUGAAAGUAUUCGAACAUUUGCCUACCAGUACAGAGCAUUAUGUCUGAGACUGAAACCUUCCAUGACAGAGCGUGAGAUUCUCCAAGCGACACUACGGAACUGUAACCCAAGAAUAGCAAGCAUUUUAAGAGGUACUGUAACUACUGUAGAUGAGUUGGUACGUGUAGGAACACUUAUAGAAAAAGAUAUCAAUGAAGAAAGAUCAUUUUGGAGACAGAGGCACCAAGAAGCUAAUGCAAAGUCCACUGAGGGUAGUAAAUUUUUUAAGGGCCGACAGUCGAACCCUCACAUAGCUGUAUGUUCUGAUAGCAGUGAAAGAUCUCCUGUCACAUUAACGUUGCCCUUAACCAUUAAAGGUCAUCAAUAUCAAGCAAUUCUGGAUACUGGGAGCACUUACUCUUUAAUUCAAGAGUCCUGCUGGAAACGAUUAAAGUCAAAUCAUGAAGUUUUGCAAUCGAGUAGAGGACAGUCCUUUUCUCUUGCAAAUGGAUGUUUACAAUCAGCCUUGGGGAAGAUAGCUUGGCAGGCUACCAUCCACGGACAUGACUAUCCUAUCAGAGCAUAUGUAAUGAAAGAUUGUGACUUGGCUUUUCCUGUUUUGUUGGGCCUGGAAUUUUUGAAGAUGUCUGGAAUCACAGUCGAUUUUAGAAAUUCUUCCUAUUCUUUACCUGAAGAAUAUAGGGUAAUCCACUCCUUCACCUCUUCCUCCCCUUCACCAAUAGUAAGUCUGCACCUUGCACUACCUCUAAUACCAACACAUUCUACUGAUCUAACCAUUAUAAAGGAGUUAGUGGAUCGAGCUGAUGUCUCUAAAGCCCAUAGACGUCAACUAGAAGGACUGAUGCUUGAUUGGCCCACUGUAUGCACUGAAACUUUAGGUCAAACCAACUUGAUUCAUCAUCAAAUCCAUACAAUUGAUGAAAUUCCUGUGCGAAAGAAGGCCUAUCCUGUUCCAGUCAACAAACAGAAGUUUAUAGAUGAGGAAAUAGCAAGAAUGCUUGACAAAGGCAUUAUAAGACCUUCUGUAUCUCCAUGGGCAUCACCAGUUGUACUUGUGCCUAAAAAAGAUGGCAGUACCCGCUUUUGUGUUGAUUAUAGAGCUUUGAACUCCAAGACUCCUCUUGAUGGGUUUCCAAUGCCUCAAAUUCAGGAUAUCCUUGAGUCCUUGUAUGGAGCAACCAUAUUUAGCACAUUAGACCUCAAAUCUGGCUACUGGCAGGUAAAAAUGGAUGAAGACAGCAUUAAAAAGACUGCUUUUGUCACCAAAAAUGCCCAAUAUGAGUUUCUUCGUCUUCCUUUUGGCCUGAGAAAUGCUGCUGCAACCUUUCAGAGGCUCAUGAACAAUGUUCUGAGAGACUACAUGGGAGAGUUUUGCUUUGUCUAUCUUGACGACAUUGUGGUUUACUCAAACCAUCCAAGAUCACUUUCAACAUCUCAAGCUACUCUUUGCAAAAUUGCAAGACUCUGGUUUAACACUCAAUCUCAAGAAAUGUUCUAUGUUGCAGAGGACCAUUACUUACCUAGGACAUGUUGUUUCUGAGGAAGGAGUACGGACUGAAGACACUAAAAUCAAAGCAGUUCAGGAUUUUCCUGUCCCAAAAAAUCUCAAAGAGGUACAGAGAUUUUUAGGUCUUGCUAGUUGGUACCAUCGGUUCAUUUCUCACUUCUCAGAGCGAGCUGCUCCAUUGUAUGCACUGAAAGGUAAGAAUGCAAUCUGGAACUGGACAGUUGAAUGCCAAAGGGCCUUUGAUGAUCUCAAAUAUGCACUACAACGAGCACCAGUAUUAAUGCCCCCAGAUUUCACCAAAGUCUUUAGAGUGCAGACUGACGCCAGUGAUAUAGGACUAGGAGCUGUAUUGACACAGGAUUUUGAUGGUGCAGAACACGUCAUUGCCUAUGCUUCACGUCUUUUACAUGGAGCAGAAAAAUCAUACUCCACUGCAGAGAAGGAAUGUCUUGCGGUCGUGUGGGCUGUAGAGAAGUGGAGGCAGUAUUUGGAAGGACGAAACUUUGAAGUACUGACGGAUCAUUCUGCGCUGACUUGGGUUUUCAAUAACCCUAAACCAUCUUCACGCUUAACCAGAUGGGCAUUACGACUACAAUGUUUCAGUUUCCUGGUCAAGUACCGUAAGGGGUCCUGCAAUGUGGUACCUGAUGCCCUAUCCAGAGGUAUACCAGGGCAAGAGGUUGUAGGUCAUAUUGCCAUCUGCCAGGCUAACAAGACUGAUCCUAAUUUGCCAGUCAGCUGGGAUGAAAUUGGGAAAGCUCAGAAGCUUGAUUCUUCUUUGCAAGCUCUAUGGGAAGCAGCUAAGCAAGCCACCACAGAUUCCAGCCGCAUUGCUUAUUGUGUACAGAAUGACUACCUCUUUCGCAGGGUGCCUAACAAAGAUCAAGGGUGUGUUUACCAACUAGUCAUCCCUGCAUCACUGAGAGAACAGUUUUUACACUUCGCCCAUUCAAAUCCACUGAGUGGACACUUAGGAAGGAUGAAAACCUUGAAGAGAUUACUUGACAGUGUCUAUUGGCCUGAAAUCCGUAAGGAUGUUUGGAGCUUUUGCACCCAGUGUAAGACUUGUCAAAUAUAUAAACCGAGAAUCUCGAAACUGUCUGGAUUGUUGCAGUCAACACCCGUAGUAGAGCCUGGCUAUAUGCUGGGAGUGGAUCUAAUGGGUCCUUUCCCAAAAAGUAAUCGAUCGAAUGAAUUCUUAUUAGUCUUUGUGGAUUAUUGCAGCAAGUGGGUGGAACUUUUUGCUUUAAGAUCUGCAAAAACUCACCUCAUAACUAACAUCUUGACAAAAGAGAUGUUCACUCGAUGGGGAACUCCAGCAUAUCUCGUCUCUGACCGCGGCCCUCAAUUUACAGCCCAAUUGCUCAAUGAGACCUGCAAGCGAUGGGGAGUAGUUCAGAAGCUCAGUACUGCCUAUCAUCCGCAGACCAACUUAACUGAGAGGAUAAACCGAACCCUAAAAACAAUGUUGUCCUCUUAUGUCCAUGACAAUCACCGGGACUGGGAUAAAUGGAUCCCUGAGUUCAGGUAUGCCAUUAACUCAGCAUGGCAGGAAAGUACGGGUUUCACUCCAGCUGAAGUUGCUUUGGGACGUAAGUUGAAGGGUCCUCUAGACAGGCUGAUCCAGAGACCACCUAAUCCAGACCAUCUAGCAUAUAACACCCUUGAAAGGCAGAAAGCUUUCCUUGAGCAAGUGAUUGCAAAGACCAGCCAAGCACAAGAGAGACAAGGAAAAUACUACAAUCAACGUAGAAAACCAAAGUCCUUUGAGGAAGGAGAUUUGGUUUGGAUCCUCACACACCCUCUGUCUCGAGAUGCAGAUUCCUUUAUGGCCAAAUUAGCUCCGAAAUGGCAAGGUCCUGGCAAAAUUGUAAAAAAGGUAAAUAAUGUCAACUACAGAGUGGUAAUGCUUGAUAAACCCAGUCAAUGUGAUACUUACCAUGUGGAAAAGUUGAAGGAAUUUUAUGGAACUGUAUAACUCUUUUCUUUAGGGGAAGGGGUGUGUAACAGUUUUCCUGUUACUAUUUGAAAUAUCUACAUGUAGUAGCUAUCUCACCCAUUAGAGGGCGAUCUAGGUAGUAAGUCUCCAAUCUGCUUAAAAGGAGGUAGUGAAGAAGCAGUAGGCAGGAAGUAUGGUGCCUAGCACAUGGAAAGGCUUCUUCACUGCGCUGUUGUUUGUUGAUGCCCUUAUUUGAGGAACAUUUUUGUUCUUAUAUCUCAGAUGUAAGUAGGCCUGUUUUUUUGUAUAUAUUUCGGUUUUGUACAUAUGUUUUGUGUGGUGUUGGUAAGGUUUUGAUUGUAUGUUUGUUUAUAUGCAGAGGGUUUUUUGGUAUCCACUUUAAGUCAUCAAAACAGGACCUGGACAAUCCAUCCUCAUAUCCACAGACUUUUUCCAUCCACUUUUCUACUGAUUCCGUGGCCAGCCAUUGAUGAACUGUUUGCUGAACUUGAUCUUUCAUGUGAUUCACUUAAGGACUGUUGGUAUCUUUUUUGGAUUGCUAUAAAUACUGGAUUCAAUGAGAGACACUUAUCGAAUGCUUAUUUCUGUCUAAUAGUGAUCAUUAAUGAGUUGACUGCUGAUCAUUUCAUAUCCCCAGUGUGUAACAAUAAUUAUUCAUACCUGCUGUCAUAUACAUUUCUAAAUACACAUGAAUCUCUGAAAGUU